ACGUACAAGUUUAAUUUAUUGUUUAUUCUUUCCUAAUUGCCAAUGGCUUCCUUCCAGAACUUCAACUUGGGAACCCAGAUCCCGGAAGACGUUCUCAUUGCUCAAAUCAUGCAGCUUCAUGCAGACAUAUCAAAGCUUGAAUCCCUUAGGCCUUCCAAGCAAGUGAACAGUCUCUUCACUCACCUCGUCAAUCUCUGCACCCUUCCUUCCUCCAUUAACAUUCAAUCUUUGCCCCAAGAUGUGAAGAACAUGAGGGAGAGUCUCAUUAACCUUUGUGGACAAGCUGAAGGCCUUUUGGAGUUAGAAUUCUCAUCUUUUCUUGCCCAAAUUCCCAAACCUUUGAACAACCUCACUCUCUUCCCAUACUAUGGGAAUUACGUCAAACUAGCAAACCUAGAAAACAAAAUCCUCAGAGACAAUGGUUUGGUCCAUCCCAAGAAGGUAGCUUUUGUGGGGUCUGGUCCAAUGCCACUCACUUCCCUCAUAAUGGCCACACAUCACUUGGCAUCCACAAAAUUUGACAACUUCGACAUCGAUGAGAAAGCCAACGAGGCAGCUUGUAGGAUCGUUGCUACAGACUCAGAGCUUGAGAAGAGGAUGAAGUUUGAGACAAAAGAUAUCAUGCAAAUUAAAGAGAAAUUGGUACAAUAUGACUGUAUCUUCUUAGCAGCUCUUGUGGGAAUGAGCAGAGAAGCAAAAGUGAAGAUUUUGGGACACUUGGGUGAGUAUAUGAAGGAGGGAGGGUUCUUGCUUGUGAGAAGUGCAAAAGGGGCAAGGGCUUUCUUGUACCCUGUUGUGGAAGAGCAAGAUUUGGGCAAUUUUGAGGUUCUUACGAUAUUUCAUCCCACAAACGAUGUGAUCAACUCAGUUGUUCUUCUUCGCAAGCCUAUGGUUUAG